AUGGACAGGAACUACCCCAGCGCCGGCUUCGGGGACCCGCUCGGCGCCGGGGCGGGAUGGAGUUACGAGAGGUCAGCGAAAGCUAGCUUGGUCUAUGGCAGCUCCAGGACCUCGCACCCCGAGACGGACAUCUUACACCGCCAAGCCUACGGGGCCCCCCACCCUCUGCAAAGCUAUGCCACCAACCACCACCCUGCAGGCCUCUCUGGACUCUUCGACACUGGCCUCCACCACGCGGGCUCAGCAGGGCCUGACGCCUCCGUCAUGAACCUCAUCUCUGCCCUGGAGUCCCGGGGCCCCCAGCCAGGCCCCUCUGCCUCCUCUCUCCUCUCCCAGUUCCGCAGUCCUUCCUGGCAAACAGCCAUGCAUACGCCAGGUCCCACGGAGCUCUUCAUCUCAGGCGCCCUGCCGGGGUCCAGCACCUUUCCAUCCUCUUCUGCCCUGUCGGCCUACCAGCACCCGGCUUCCUUCGGCAGCCGCCCCUUCCCAGUGCCCUCAUCCCUUAGCCUCCAGGACCCCCCAUUCAGUCCCCCAGCUAAUGGGCUCCUGUCUCCUCAUGAUGUGCUGCACCUAAAGCCCUCGCAGGCACCCACAGUGCCCUCCUCGCUAGGCUUUGAGCGCCUGGCAGGGGGUGGUGUCUUGGGUCCCGCUGGUCUAGGCCCAGCCCAGACCCCUCCUUACCGCCCUGGCCCUCCAGACCCACCUCCACCUCCCCGACACCUCCCAACUCAGUUCAACCUGCUGGCUUCCUCUUCUGCUGCUGCUGCUGCUGCUGAGCAAUCCUCCCCACAGCUCUACAACUUCUCGGGUGCUGCCCCAGGCCCACCGCCUGAGCGGGCCCUCCCCCGUCAGGACACCGUCAUCAAGCACUACCAACGGCCAGCCAGUGCCCAGCCCCCACCGCCCCCACCACCAGCCCAUGCCCUCCAGCACUACCUGAGCUGUGGAGGCAGCUAUCCCUCCAUGGGCCAUAGAGCCAACCUGGCCUGCAGCCCCCUGGGUGGUGGGGAGCCUUCCCCAGGUUCUGGUGAGCCUAGCAAGGCUGGGCCCAGUGGAGCCACAGCCGGAGCAUCAGGCCGGGCUGCGGGCCCUGAGGGGGCCGGAGGAGGUGGGGCAGCAGGUGGUGGUGGAGGUUACCGCCCCAUCAUUCAGUCACCUGGUUACAAGACGGGCAAAGGUGGUUAUGGAGCAGCUGCGGGUGGUGCCAACAGGCCCCCACCACCUCGUUCAACUGCUACACCCAAAUGCCAGAGCCUGGGUGGUCCAGCAGCGGCCUAUGCCACUGGGAAGGCCUCUGGGGCUGGCGGGGCGGGAGGCCAGGCCUAUUCUCCUGGUCAGCCCCAGGGGCUUCUCGGACCCCAGGCCUAUGGGCAAGGGUUUGGAGGGGGUCAAGCACAGGACUUGAGCAAAGGCCCUAGCUACUCUGGGGGGCCUCCGCAGCCCCCAAGCGGCCCCCAGCCUCCUGGCCUAGCCACGUGUCAGAGCUACUCCCCUGACCAGCUGCAGGGGCAGCUGUAUGGGGUGCAGGGUGAACCGUACCCAGGACCAGCUGCCCACUCCCAGGGGCUGCCAACAGCUAGCCCCUCACUCAGCUAUAGUACUGGCCAUUCCCCAGCGCUCUCAGGCCAUGGAGGUGGCUGGGGUCCCAGCUCCUUGGGUGGCGGUGGAGAGGCUAGCCCUUCGCACAUCAUCCGCCCACUGCAGUCGCCACCUGCCCCUGGUCGCCCACCUGGAGUCGGCUCUCCAGGAGCCCCUGGCAAAUACCUGAGCUCCGUCCUGGCCUCAGCCCCAUUCCUGGCACCUCCAGGAACUGGCAGCUAUGCAGCUGGAGCAGGUGGCUAUAAAGGCAAGGGAGAUGGCUCAGAGCUGCUGGCAGGCCCCGGGGGGCCUCCUGCUGAGCGCACUGAGGAUGAGGAAUUUCUCAUCCAGCACCUCUUACAGGCGCCUAGUCCCCCGAGGACCUCAGGAGCUGAUGGCUUGGUGGGCGAAGAUGGGGCAGCAGAUGCCUCCAAAGGACUUGGGGGGAGUGGUGGGGCUGGGGGUCCCCCGGGCACACCCUAUGAGCUGGCUAAGGAAGACCCCCAGAGGUACCAUCUGCAGAGUGUCAUCCGUACCAGUGCCAGCCUUGAUGAGGGUGCCACAGCGGCCCUGGAGCUAGGCCUGGGGAGGCUGAAGGAGAAGAAGAAAGGUCCAGAACGGGGUGGUGAGACCCCUGAGGGGCUAGCCACCUCAGUCGUCCACUAUGGGGCAGGUGCCAAGGAACUGGGGGCUUUUCUCCAAAAGAGCCCACCACCCCCACCUCCCUCGGCCCAGCCUUCCCAGCCCACCGCCCAUGGCCUCCUCCUGGAGGCUGGGGGCCCUGACCUCCCUCUGGUGCUGCCUCCUCCUCCCCCACAACUGCUUCCCUCAGUUCUCAGCCACACCCCUAGCCCCUCUUCUAGCACCCCCAAAGUUGGAGUCCAUCUCCUUGAACCAGCCACCCGUGAUGGGGCGCCCCAACCACCUCCGCCGCCUCCCCCACCUCCGCCACCCAUGCCUCUCCAGCUCGAGGCCCAUCUCCGCAGCCAUGGGCUGGAGCCUGGUGCCCCCAGCCCCCGCCUGCGACCCGAGGAGAGCCUGGAGCCGCCAGGUGCCAUGCAGGAACUGCUUGGGGCCCUGGAACCCCUGCCCCCAGGGCCCGGUGACACUGGUGUGGGCCCACCUAACACCGAGGGAAAGGAUCCCUCAGGUGCCUACCGCAGCCCCAGCCCGCAAGGCACGAAGGCCCCCCGCUUUGUGCCACUCACCUCCAUCUGCUUCCCUGACUCCUUGCUUCAAGACGAGGAUCGCAGCUUCUUCCCCACCAUGGAGGAGAUGUUUGGCGGAGGGGCAGCAGAUGACUACGGCAAGGCUGGACCGCCCGAGGACGAAGGUGAUCCCAAGGCGGGCACCGGGCCCCCUCCUGGCCCCCCUGCCUAUGAUCCCUAUGGGCCCUAUUGCCCAAGUCGGGCAUCUGGAGCAGGGCCAGAGACGCCAGGCCUGGGCCUCGACCACAACAAGCCACCUGAGCUGCCCUCCACAGUCAACGCUGAGCCUCUGGGCUUGAUCCAGAGUGGGCCACACCAGGCCACCCAGCCGCCCCCACCGCCCCCUCCACCACCACCUGCCUCAGAACCCAAAGGAGGCCUAACCUCGCCCAUCUUCUGCUCUACCAAGCCAAAGAAGCUGCUCAAGACAUCCUCCUUCCACCUGCUACGGCGCCGUGACCCUCCCUUCCAGACGCCCAAGAAACUGUAUGCCCAGGAGUACGAGUUUGAGGCAGACGAGGACAAGGCCGAUGUGCCUGCUGACAUCCGCCUCAAUCCCCGGCGUCUGCCUGACCUGGUGUCCAGCUGCCGCUCCCGCCCAGCCCUCUCUCCGCUCGGUGACAUUGACUUCUGUCCACCCAACCCCGGCCCCGAUGGCCCCCGGCGCCGUGGCCGCAAGCCCACCAAGGCCAAGCGUGAUGGCCCACCCCGACCCCGGGGACGGCCCCGGAUCCGCCCGCUGGAGGUGCCCACCACCACUGGGCCAGCCUUGGCCUCCGCGCCCACUGAUGGGGCCAAGAAACCCCGGGGUCGGGGACGCGGCCGGGGCAGGAAGGCUGAGGAAGCAGGGGGCACCCCGCUGGAGCCCCUGAAGCCACUUAAGAUCAAGCUGUCUGUGCCCAAGGCUGGUGAGGGUUUGGGAGCCUCAUCUGGUGAUGCCGUAUCAGGCGCUGACCACAACAGCUUGGACUCGAGCCUGACUCGGGAGAAGAUUGAGGCCAAGAUCAAGGAGGUAGAGGAGAAGCAGCCAGAGAUGAAGUCUGGCUUCAUGGCUUCCUUCCUGGACUUCCUCAAGUCAGGCAAGCGCCACCCACCACUCUACCAGGCCAGCAUGACACCUCCACUCAGCCCCCCCAAGAACGUGCCACCCUCUGUGCCCACCCGCGGCCUGCAGCCCCAGCCCCCCAAUGCCCCCACCGUGCCACACCCCCCGCCCACUGGCACCUUUGGGCUGGGAGGCGCGCUCGAGGCUGCUGAGAGCGAGGGGCUGGGGCUGGGCUGCCCUUCGCCCUGCAAGCGCCUGGACGAGGAGCUGAAACGGAACCUUGAGACGCUUCCCUCCUUCUCCUCUGAUGAGGAAGACUCUGUCGCCAAGAAUCGGGACCUGCAGGAGAGCAUCUCUUCGGCCAUCUCUGCCCUCGACGACCCGCCCCUUGUUGGGCCUAAGGACACCUCCACCCCGGAAGGGCCUCCCUUGGCUACUGAGGCUCCAGUCCCAGGGCCACCCCCUCUCCCAGGGCUCCCCAGUGCCAGCAGCAAUGGCACGCCUGAGCCCCCGCUGCUGGAGGAGAAGCCCCCACCCUCUCCGCCGCCUGCCCCAACGCCCCAGCCGCCACCCCCACCGCCAGCCCUACCCUCGCCACCCCCGUUGGUGGCUCCUGCCCCGGCCCCGGCCCCAGCCCCAGCCCCGGCUCCCAUCCCCGAGUCCAGCUCUCCACCUCCACCUCCGCCACCUCCACCUCCACCUCCACCUCCACCUCCACCAGCCCUGCCUUCGCCACCCGCCCCGCCACCCCCGCCAGCCGCCGCCCCGCCCGAGGAGCCCGCCGCCCCGUCCCCCGACGAGCCCGAGCCUCCGGACGCCCGGCCCCUGCACUUGGCCAAGAAGCAGGAGACCGCAGCCCUGUGCGGGGAGACGGACGAGGAAGCCGGCGAGAGCGGCGGGGAGGGCAUCUUCCGCGAGCGCGAUGAGUUCGUCAUCCGCGCCGAGGACAUCCCUUCCCUCAAGCUGGCGCUGCAGACGGGCCGCGAGCCCCCACCCAUCUGGCGCGUGCAGAAGGCUCUGCUGCAGAAAUUCACCCCCGAGAUCAAGGAUGGCCAGCGGCAGUUCUGCGCCACCAGCAAUUACUUGGGGUAUUUUGGAGACGCGAAAAACCGGUACCAGCGCCUUUAUGUGAAGUUUCUGGAAAACGUCAACAAGAAGGAUUAUGUGAGGGUGUGCGCUCGGAAACCAUGGCACCGGCCCCCAGCGCCUGUCAGGCGCUCAGGGCAGGCCAAGGGCCCCGCCUCUGCUGGGGGCAGCUCUGCACCUGCCCCCAAGGCCCCGGCGCCACCUCCUAAGCCUGAGACUCCUGACAAGACGACAUCAGAGAAGCCCCCGGAGCAGACGCCCGAGACGGUCGUGCCCGAGCCCCCUGCCCCUGAGAAGCCGGACCCACCUCGGCCUGUGGAGAAGGAGAAGGAGAAGGAGAAGGAGCGGGUGACUCGCGGGGAGCGGCCGCUGCGCGGGGAGCGAGGCGCAGGCGGGCGGCAGACCCGGCCGGAGCGCAGCCUCACCGCAGGACAGCCCGCCAGCUCCAGGCUGCCCAAGGCCCGGCCCACCAAGGUGAAGGCCGAGCCGCCCCCGAAGAAGAGGAAGAAGUGGCUGAAGGAGGUGGCAGGCAACGCCUCGGCGGGCGGGGGCCCACCAGGCAGCUCCUCGGACUCAGAGUCAUCCCCUGGAGCGCCCAGUGAGGAUGAGCGGGCAGUACCUGGGCGUCUGCUGAAGACCCGGGCCAUGCGGGAGAUGUACCGGAGCUACGUGGAAAUGCUGGUGAGCACAGCACUCGACCCGGACAUGAUCCAGGCCCUGGAGGAUACGCAUGACGAGCUGUACCUCCCCCCCAUGCGGAAGAUCGACGGCCUCCUGAAUGAGCACAAGAAGAAAGUCCUGAAGCGGCUGUCGCUGAGCCCAGCCCUGCAGGACGCCCUGCACACGUUCCCCCAGCUGCAAGUGGAGCAGAGCGGGGAGGGCUCCCCUGAAGAUGGGGCCGUGCGGCUGCGGCCGGCUGGGGAGCCCUACAACCGCAAGACUCUCAGCAAGCUCAAGAGGAGCGUGGUCCGGGCCCAGGAGUUCAAGGUUGAGCUGGACAAGUCGGGGUACUACACGCUCUACCACUCACUCCAUCACUAUAAGUACCACACCUUCCUGCGCUGCCGGGACCAGACCCUGGCCAUCGAGGGCGGUGCUGAGGACCUGGGUCAGGAGGAGGUGGUCCAGCAGUGCAUGCGGAACCAGCCGUGGCUGGAACAGCUCUUCGACUCCUUCAGCGACCUGCUGGCCCAAGCACAGGCCCACAGCCGCUGUGGGUGACCCCACCUCGGCCUGGGGGAGACACCUCCUCCGUGAACCAAGAACUGGGACAGAACUGUGUCCUCAGGCACUAACCCCCAGGCCCUGUUGCCAGGGAAGAGGCGGGGGUCACUGGUCAGGGUGUGUCCGUGCUGCCCCCACAGGGCAGGGUUCAGAGUUCGACUCCCCUCUCUCCCAAGCCCUUUCCACUCCCUCCCCAUUCCUCCCACU